CUCGCUCGGCUCUGCGCACCAGCAUGAGACCUCUGCUCCUCGCCCUCCUGGGGGUCUGCUGCCUGGUGGCCCGCACUGUGGAAGGUGUGGGGAGUGAGGUCCUGGAUCAGCGAAUCUGUGUGAGUCUGACUACCCGGCGGCUGCCCGUGAACAAAAUCAAGACCUACACCAUCAAGGAGGGGCCCAUGAGGGCAGUCAUAUUCAUCACCAAACGCGGCUUUAAAGUCUGUGCCGAUCCGCAAGCCGACUGGGUGAAAAAGGUGGUGCAGACCGUGGACAAGUCCAGGAGGAUGAACACGAACCAGACCAAGCCCACGGGAGCCCAGCAGCCCACCGGGACAGCUGUGACCCAGGCCAGGUAGUGGCCUGGUCCCGUCGAGCCAGCGGCUGCUGUCUCCUUGCAAGCCCUUUCCUUAAAGGACUGAUUAAAUUAUAGGCACUUUUUCUGAAAUUGUUGUCUUGUAUUUUUACUUUUCCUGUUUUCCUGUUCAUUC